AUGAAUCACAUUCCACUACCACCUGCUCCAGCCUUGGCCCACAUCGAAAUCCCCGUCUACGGAAACAAUUCAAACCCUUAUCGCUAUACUCAACCGUGGUUGUCCUACCCAGCCAGGCACGGCUUCGGCUUCCUCGCGAAGCAAGAUUCUGAUGAGCUGCAUCAAUGCUCCGAAGCCUUGAGGAGCAAUCUCGCCGCAUUCGUCCUGUCAUGGUUGUUCUUUGGCGUCUUGGAGGAAUUCCUCGGCGUCAAACAAGAUCAUGCCGAAUGGAUCGUCACCACAGAGAAAGGUCAUCAAGUCAUUAGCACUUCCCAUCUCUGUGAAAGACUCGAUGCAUGGAGGACCAGGAUCAAGCAACUCGAUGGCAAACAACAGCUCGAGAUCCGGGCCGGAAUUGACCUGGUUCUGGACCACAUGGAUUCUAUGCAUAAUACCCUCAGCCAGACGACUGCAGACAUCAUUCAGGCCGUACAGAGUGGCAGUGGCCCCUACCACUCCGAUCUCCUGCCCGAUGAACUCAAUCUUUCACUUGAAGUCCUUCACAACACACUGUCUCUGGCACGCAAUGUCGUGUUGCAGGCGGCCCCUCUCUCAUUUUCGACCUAUAGCAAGUCACGACUCGUACAUGAUCAACUUGCGAAGAAUGGAUGGUGUCCAAGCGAGGUCUCACGCUUAGAACAAGAGUGUUCUGUGGUCAGCAGCUACUUCUCCUCCAGACUCAGUGUCCUAGGAUUGUCCGCCAUUCACUCCAAGUGCUCACACUGGCAAUGUGAAGCAUGGCAAGUCGAUCAAUCGAAUUACCGAACAAAGCACGUCAAUACACUGUGCGACUGCACGUUUAUAGGUUUGCCCACUGAAAGGAUUGCCGAGAUCAUUCGCGGCAGCCAAAUCCCAUGUCUUCGCCUUGACCGCCGCGGAAACAGAUUAGAAUUGGUUGCCAUUGAUCAGAGCGCACCAAUUCGCUUCACUGCUAUCUCGCACGUCUGGGCUGACGGGUUAGGUAACCAUGCCGCAAAUGCCUUGCCCCUUUGCCAAGUUCGGUUGAUUCAAGAACGGGUCAACAUGAUAGCAAACCAGGGGAGCAAGCCUCUCGCUGCCUCCGAUAAUCAGCCAUUCUGGAUGGAUACUUUGUGCAUCCCGGUAGGGGAGGGAUUCGAAGCCGAACGAAAUACAGCGAUUGCGGAGAUGAGAACCAUUUACAGAAUCUCUGGGACGGUGCUUGUUUUGAAUAACGAACUGAAUAACAUCUCUGUUGAUCGCAGCCCCUGGGAACUGGCGGCGCGCAUUACGCGCACGGCUUGGUUUCGACGCCUUUGGACGUUACACGAGGGUGUUUUGGCAAAGAAGACAGUCUUUCAGCUCCAGGACGGCUCGGUUGACCUCUCCGAGCUUCAAAUAAUAGUCCAAGGAUGGGACGACUCGUCCAAAUUUGAAGAUCUGUUGUGCCGACUGAUAUUUGUAGAAGCCUGUCAGCCAUACUCGAAGCUACUUGCUUUCAAGUCUAAAUCACUCCCCAGCCGAGUUCGAGAUAUCUGGACCGCUGUCCAGUGGCGCAAUACGAGCUACCAAGAGGACGAAACGAUAUGUCUCGCCAACAUGCUUGGUCUCGACCUCUCUUCAAUCCUUGCGGUCAGCCGAUACGACAGCGAGGCCAAGAUCAAACGAAUGAAAGCGUUCAUCCUUGCUCAGAAGUAUUUCCCCCGGGGCUCUAUCUUCCAAGGUGAUUAUUCCAGUUUGACGAGACCUUCUACAACGGAGCUUAUUGGAUUUGAAUGGGCGCCCCAGUCGUUUGUCUUUCGCACGCGGGCAGCUCUCGAACAACAGCCCGACACUCACCUCGCUUUGGCCGAUGAGCUUGGGUUUCAUGUUUCACUUGUCGCACUCAUCCCAGACAAAGGGUGGGAUGUCUUCACCCAGGCAGGAAAGAACUCCACGGAGCUGGGAGACUUGUACCGCGCAUUCUUCAUGGUGCCUUGGGAAUGGGAUUAUUUCUACUUCGUGAACUGGGACAUGGGCCGCGGACGCUGGGAUCUCGUCAAUUCACUGCGCGAGAAGACCUUCCCUGCUCUCAUCCUACAACAAGACAUUACCUUGGUGACGGAUGAAACCCUAGACCAAGAUGGAAGCGCUGGUCACGACAGGGAUGGUUCCUCCAUGACACGCAUGUUCGACGACGACCUGAUCGCGGAAGAAGCCCGAGAAGAAGUGCUGCGUGAGAUGAUGAUGGAGGCCCGGGGAGAAACGGUCGACGAAGACUAUGCACCCUACCAGCGUCGAAUCUUCUCUGCCUCGACUUCUGCAAUCCUUGUUGCAGCCAGCGUCAUGGACCCAAGCCACGAUCACAGUAACAUGACAGACUCGCUCCAACACGAGCAUCCCAGCGCGAAGAGUUCGAAUCCAAAUGUCGCAGUCGAAUAUCAGGCGCGCAUCAUCCAGCAUGUUCAAGUCGAGAAAGAGAUGUUCAACACGUAUACCCAAGCGGCGGACGCGCAGCUGCAAAGAAUUGAUGGCGCUAAGUAUAGGAUUAGUUCAUGUGAGAAAUGGUCGUCUGGGGUGCGGUGGUGUAUUCAAUGA